UUCAUAGCCAGAGCAGCAAUGGGUGGAGAGGUGAUGUCUGCACUGCUGCUCCUUGUGCUGGUAGUGCCCGCUUAUUUCCAGGAUGAGUGUGAUGGAAACUUGUGUUAUCCCAGCCUAGGCGAUCUUAUGGUGGGUCGUGCUGCCCAGCUGUCUGCCACUUCCACAUGUGGUUUAAAUGGGCCCCAAAACUACUGCAUCCUGGGAUAUCUGGAGGAUGAACAGAAGUGUUUUGUUUGUGACUCUAGAAGUCCUUACAAUCUGCACAACAACCAUAACAGCCACCAAGUAGAUAACAUUAUCACCAACUUUGAACCAGAGCGCAAAAUGAGAUGGUGGCAGUCUGAAAAUGGUGUGCAUCAAGUCAGCGUUCAGCUGGACCUUGAGACCGUUUUUCAAUUUAGCCACAUGGUCCUUACAUUUAAGAGUUUCCGACCUGCAGCAAUGUUGGUGGAGAGGUCAAAAGACUUUGGGCGUACUUGGAAGGUGUUACGAUACUUUUCUGUAGACUGUGCCAGUGACUUCCCCAGAAUCUCAGAAGGUCCAGCUGAAGCUAUAGACGAUCUUAUCUGUGACACCCGCUACUCUGGAGCUGAGCCCUCUACUGAAGGCGAGGUGGUUUUUAAGGCUCUGGACCCCAACUUUCAUAUUGAUGAUCCAUAUGACCCCACUAUUCAAGAGCUCAUCACCAUGACUAACCUGCGAGUGAACUUUACACGUUUACUCACCCUGGGGGAUGACUUGCUGGGAAGAAAGAGAAGAUACCCACAAGAAAAAUAUUACUACUCUCUUUAUGAGAUGGUGGUCAGAGGGAGCUGCUUCUGCAAUGGCCAUGCCAGCCAGUGUAUGCCUGUUGAUGGCACACGUGGAGAUACCUUCAAUCAACCAGGCAUGAUUCACGGACGAUGCACGUGUGAACACAACACUAUGGGGAACAACUGUGAGAAGUGCCAGCCCUUUUACAACGACGCCCCCUGGAGGCCAGCUACAAUCACUGACCCGCAUGUUUGCAGAAAGUGUAACUGCAAUGGCCACUCAGAGAGUUGUCACUUUGACUUGGAACAUUACUUGGCAACUGGGCAGACCAGUGGUGGUGUGUGUGAUGACUGCAGAAAUAAUCGCAUGGGUGCUCAGUGUGAACUCUGUAGUCCACGCUUCUACCAGGAUCCUCUGCGCUCUGUAGAUGAUCCUUAUUCCUGUAUACCCUGCAACUGUGAUCCAGUUGGGUCAGUGGAUGGAGGACUGUGUGAUUCAGUCACUGGCCACUGUGUAUGUAAGGAAAAUGUAGAGGGUGAACGCUGUGACCGUUGUAGAGUGGGCUUUUAUGGACUUGAACAGGAAGACCCCAGUGGCUGCCAAGCUUGUAUGUGUAACUUCUUGGGCACUGUACGCACAUCCCCAUGUGACCAGAACACAGGCCAGUGUAUUUGUGAACUGUUUGCCAGUGGACUGGAGUGUGACCAGUGUCUACCAGGUUACUGGGGACUUGGAAACACAGUUCAUGGAUGCGCUCCAUGUGACUGUGACAUAGGUGGAGCCUUCAAUACCAUGUGUUCCUUAGACAAUGGUCAGUGUCAGUGCAGAGCUAAUAUGGUGGGACGUAGCUGUAGUGAGCCUGCACCUGGUUUCUUCCUGGCACCUUUUGACUUCUAUUUGUAUGAGGCUGAAAAUGCUGUUCCUCUGGACAGCAAGUGUCCCACAAUAAAACCCACUAGGCGUCCUUACUGCCCGCCAGCACCCUCGAAAUAUCCUACUUCUGCUCCUGUGCCAACAAAACCGGCCCAAAUGCCCAACUGUGCAGACUACUUCAGAAGCAAGGGUUUUGACGUUUACUUUAGGGAUGGAAGAUUUGUGGUGGUUAAACGUGAAAGUCGCCGAAAGCGAAGACAAGACCAAAGAACCAUUUCUUUGCAACCAGGAUCAGCUCAUGAGGUUAUCCUCCGAUCACAAACUCCAGAUGGACCUAUCACUUGGACUGGACCAGGAUUUGUGCAGGUUCAGGACGGAGCAGGACUUCGAUUUACAGUCACUAACAUCCCAUUGAGUCUUAACUACAAUCUUGUUAUUCGUUAUGAGCCACAGUCCACAGAUGACUGGAAAGCAACUGUAAAAUUUUUGCCUUUGGAAUCUACUGAUGAAAGCUGUCCGUAUGAUCCAAAUGAGAAAACGCUCACACUUCCAAGCACUGGCAGGGCCGCCACCCUGGACACCCCAUUAUGUGUCAGCUUUGGUGUGCGAUACUAUGUGGAUAUCACAUUUGAGAAACAGGACAAUCCUGACUGCAGCUCACAUAUCCUUAUUGAUUCAGUGGGACUUUUACCAAAGAUAGAGUCUCUUCCAAAUUUCUGCUCAGAUACAGAUCUGGCUCAGUACCAGCAUUAUGACUGUGAGAAGCUGGGUGCACAAGCAGGAGAACGUACUCUACCUGAGGUGUGUGAAAGACUGUUUGCCAGCAUUUCCGCCUAUAUCCAUAAUGGUGCAAUCUCUUGUAGAUGCAAUUCAGAGGGGUCACUCAGCUCAGUUUGCAAAAGAAUUGGAGGACAAUGUGACUGCAAACCCAAUGUGGUUGGCCGCUGCUGUGAUACCUGUGCACCUCUUACUUAUGGGUUUGGCUCAGAUGGCUGCUUCCCAUGUGACUGUGAUCCAGCUGGCUCCAAAGAUGAGUAUUGUGACUCCAUCACUGGACAGUGCCCAUGUCAUAAUCAGUUUACAGGAAGACAGUGUAACCAGUGUAUGCCGGGAUUUUAUGAUUUUCCUAACUGCAAGCGUUGCCAGUGCAAUGGGCUGGCUAACCUCUGUGACCAGAUUACUGGAGUUUGUUUGAAUUGCAGAGAGCAUUCAACUGGACCCAACUGUGAAAGGUGUGAGGAGGGUUACUUUGGUGACCCUGUGUCAAGGGAGCCCUGCAAGCCAUGCAGCUGUCCAGAUUUAAAAGGCAGUGGACGUUUUUUUGCUAGCACCUGCCACAAAGACCCGAAUUCUGUAAGCCUGACCUGUGUAUGUGAGACUGGGCAUGAAGGCUUACGCUGUGAUAAGUGUGCACCUGGUUACUUUGGUAAUCUGAUAUUACCGGGUGCUAGAUGCAAGAAGUGUUCCUGCAACAACAACAUUGACCCAAGUGAUCCUGAAGCAUGUGACACUGUUACUGGAGAUUGUCGUCGUUGUCUGUACAACACUGCUGGACCUCAGUGUCAGAACUGCAAGCCAGGUUACUAUGGAAACGCUCUGCUCCAGGACUGCAAACAAUGUUCUUGUGACCCUAAAGGAACUAUAGCAUCCAAGUGCCCCCAGGGCAGCCCCUGUUUGUGUGAUCAGGUAACUGGGAAGUGCCCGUGCCGCACUGGUGUGGUUGGUGUUCUAUGUGAUCGUUGUGCUGAUGGAUAUUGGAAUAUGACUGGAAGCUGCCAGCCGUGUAACUGUGACGUAGCGAACUCUCUCAACAAUGUGUGCGACAAGGUUACAGGCCAGUGUACUUGUGAGACAGGAUAUGGUGGCAAACAGUGUGAAAAAUGUGCAGCCAAUCAUUUUGGAAAUCCAGACAUUCAGUGCAUGCCCUGUGAAUGUAACAUGGAGGGCUCAGUCUACCCAGGAUGUGAUCCUGAAACUGGAGAUUGCAUUUGUCGGCCGGGAGUGGUGGGCUACUUCUGCGAUAAGUGUGCCCCAGGGCAUGAUCCAACCUUUCCUACUUGUGAACCAUGCAGCUCUUGUUACCAACAGUGGGAAAAAAAUUUCACCAACAUCUUCAAGAGUACUGAGAAAAUGCUCUCCUUGACGUCUAAACUUGGGGGAAAGCUGGAGCUUAGUGAAUUGAAACUUCAGGGGAAGAUAAAUCAACUAAAAGACAAACUGAUGAACGUAGUGAAAUUGUUACGUCGUGACCCUGACAUGUUUGGGGGCAUAAAAAAUCUUCUAAAUCAAAUCAGGGACACUAUGGACAACAUGGAUACAGACAUAGUAAUUAUUGAUCCAUCUAAGCUGCUGAACACAGACAUUGAUAACAUUCAUUAUGAGUUCAAAAAGCUUCUGGAUAAGCUGCAGAAAAAAGUUCAAGAUGCCAAAAAAAUUGACAUAAAAUCAAUAAAUGAUGGUUUCCAAAAAAUUCGCAAGCUCCAUGCUAAUUUCCUAAAAGAUGAAACGCGUGUAAACAAUGCUAAAAAAAAGUUGGAUGCUUCCAUGCAGACUCGGCAGGACGCUAAACGGGAACUGGCUAAGUGUGAACAGAAACCACUGGAUGAACUAGAGAAAAAGGUCAAAGACCUCAGUGUGGCCAAGCUUAAUGAGGAGAUUUGUGGAGCUCAAGAUGAUAAAGAGUGUAAGAAGGUAAAGUGUGAGGGUGCUCUAUGUGGAUUGUGUGGCUGGCCAUCCUGUACAGGAAGUCUACCUAUCAUAAGGGACACCUUUGACACAGCAAAGAAGACUGAAACAGGCAUCCGUGAACUGCUGCGAAAUCUCACAGACGCAGAGACAAAGAUUAAAGAAGUAAAGAAAACUACUAGGGAUGUGAAAGACAAGGCAAACGGCAUGAGGGAUAAAAUCACAAAAACUAAGGACAAGCUUGAGAAAGAAAAGGAUUCUACCAAAAGACUUAUCAAACGUAUCUCCGAUUACCUCAAAGAAGACGCACUGGACCCAGAGGACAUUAACAAGGUAGCCUCUGCUGUAUUGGCUAUCAAGCUUCCCAAGUCCCCAGAUGAGAUUAAAAAAAUGAUAGAGGAAAUCCAGAGAAAAAUGGGCAACUUCACACAAUUUAAUGAGGACCUGAAAAAGUUGGAGGACCAAGCCAAAUUAGCCAAAGACUUGAAAGAUAAGGCUAAUGAAAUCUUGGACAAAACCAAGGAUAUUGAUGUCAGUGAUAUAGAGAAAAUCCUGAAGGAUACUACCAAGCUACAUGACAAAAUUAAGCCAAAUCUGGAUCAGACUGAAAACAACAUAGAUGCUGCUAAAGAUUUAAUAGACGAGAGCCUACCUAAACUAGCAAAUGCUGAAGAAAACCUGAGCCCAACUCCAGCCAAAAAGCUGCAGGAGGAAAUUGAGGCUCUAAAAGAUAAAACAGAAAUGAACAGAGCUCAGGCUUUGGAUGCUAAAAAAGCUGCUGGUGCAGCUUUAGUCAAUGCUACAGAUGCCAAAAAGAAUCUUAAAGAAGUAGAAGAGCAGUUAAAAAAACUGAAAAACAAUACCCAGGAUGUAAGUGAAGAUAUUAAAGAGCGUCUAAUGAACAUUACAAAAGAGGCUGAAGAUAUGGCUAAAGAUGUUGAAAAUAAAAAGAAGCUAAUUGAAGAUUUGGAGAAAAGAAUUCAAGAUUCUAUAGAAAGCAAAAAUGACAAAAUGAUAGAACUGGAGAGCUUGAUGACAGAGGCAGAAGAUUUGUGGAAAAACAUUAGUGAAAGCGUGGCAUACUAUUUGGUAUGCACUACCUAG